AUGAACAGAAAGGUGAAAGGCGGCCAUUGGAGCUAUUUUUACAUAAAACGAGGACUUCUCGAAAAAUCAAUGUACGUCAAAUUUAAUACAACACGAAAAGUCUCAUUCUACGUCGGAGAAGGUGAUCAUUGCCCUUUUAUGGAUAGCAUGCCUUUUUAUGUUUCUGGUCCAGUUAGUGAGCAAAUCGCUGAUCUUCCAAAAUUACCAGCUACAAGAAAGUUCCCGUUUGCUGUACGAACAGAUGAUGAUGCAAUAGUUCAGCUUCAUAUAUACGGAAAAAUUGGAUUCGGAAUUUACUCGACAAUCUUCAUUCUUAUUCCUGGAGCAGCUUGUAUCUGUGCACUAUUAUACUAUUCUUAUGUUCUUUAUACAAAAUUACCUCAGCGAAAGAAGAUUCACUAUAGUAAGAAAUCCAGACUCGGAAAACGAUAA